GGCUGCUUGGCAUACAAAAGACAAAUUAUUUUGGAACAUCAGGACACAACAACAGUCCACACUCGGAGAAGAUGGUCUUCUACAUUUUAUUGCUGCUGGCGCUGUAUGGUGGACAGGCAUCGGGAUUCAAAGUGAAAAUCGAUUGGAAUGGUCGAGUGACAGCCGGGUCGAGCACCACGUUCACGUGCUCAUCCAACUGCCUCGCAAACUGCACGUACUCCUGGUCCUUUUUGGGAAGCACAUUCAACGGGAGCACGCUCGCCUGGACGCCGGGUGGACUGCUCCAGUUGGUUUCGCUGCAGUGCACCGUACAAGAAAAUACAGGAGACUCCAGCGCCACGAGGAUCAUUGUGGAAAUUGAAAAUCCAGUGGCAGUAAAACUCAGUCCACUCGGUGCUGUCCAGUCUCUGAACCAGUCCGUAGAGCUCGUCUGUCACGUUGAUGGAUCCCCGCCUCCCAGCCCAUCCAGGGAGCCAGUGGACUGGUACAAAGAUGGACAGAAAGUGGUCUGGCGCGACCAUAUGCACUUGCGCCACAACACCACGCUCCGUUUUGACUCGCUGGUACCAUCUGAUGGCGGAUUUUACCAGUGUGAGAUUAUGCUGAGCAAUAGACACGUUUUGAGUCUGGGCUACCUGCUAAAUGUUGAUACUCCGUGGAACGUCAGCAUCAGUGGUCCCGAUGUCGUGCUCCCGGGACGACUGAGCAUGUUCACCUGCUUAAUGACGUGUACCUUGGACGUGGACUGCACCGUGAGGUGGCCGUUCGAGGGCGGCUUCCCCCUGGGAAGCUACAUUUCCGUGCAUCGAAACAAACUCUCGUGGAUCCCCGCCGUGCCCGGAACGUUCCAAAAUCUCACCUGCGUUGUAGAAAACGUAGCAGCCGGAUGCUCGGCCAAAGCCACCAAGAUGGUGGAAGUUAAAGGUAUUCCACUCUCCGGAUCUUUACAGCUCACUGGAUUAUCCACUUUGGUUUUAAGCCUGGCUCUGUUAUUGUUGACUUACUAAAAACUCACUGUUACUUCAUUGUAUAUUUUAUAUUCAUUGUUUACUAUUUUUUCUACAUAGACAUUGUAUUAUGUGAUAGAAUUUAAUUAAAGGGCACAUAUUAUGAAACGUU